UUGAUUAUUACAGGCGGACAGCGAGUCUCACGCGUAUUCCAAGACGACGACUCCAUCUUUGCACCGGAGCUGUUCGACCCACCAUCGAAGACAUUCCGUCGUCUUGCACUAGCAAAAGUUCCACGCAACUACCAUGCCAUCUCUCUCCUCCUCUCCGACGGCAGAAUUUUCACUAGCGGUGGCGGCAUGUGCGGUAACCUCGCCCCCGGCCAAGACGAUUCUGGCUGCAAUCGCGCAAUCGACCACCCGGACGGAGAAAUUUUCUCCCCUCCAUAUCUCUUCAACGAUGACAUGAGCCUUGCCGAACGCCCCAUUAUCUUCUCCGUCGACAGCUCGAUGCAGAACGGCCGUGUCGCCAAAGCAGGCAGCACCAUCACUGUGAAUAUGAACUACCCAACUCAACAUACAUUGGCUCUCGUUCGUAUGGGAUCUGCCACACACUCGGUCAACAGCGAUCAGCGACGCAUUCCGUUGAACAAUGUGCAGAGAAGCAAUGCUGCGCAUAUAGUAACUCUGCCCUCGGACUCUGGCAUCCUGAUUCCAGGAUUUUAUUAUCUCUUCGCGAUGAACGAGAGAGGCGUUCCGAGCGUCGCGAAGACACUGCAGAUUGUUUUGUAG